GCGGAGGUCCGGGCGCGCGCAGGCCUCGGGAGGGCCUUCCUGGGGAGUCCGGCCCCGGGCUCGCGUGUCGCUGUCUGAAUCCGCGGAGGAUAGGCGGGGACCGCCGUUGCUUGCGUGCGAGGGGCCGCCAGAGCCCGUGCUGAGCGCCGGUGUCGUGGACCUGCCUGAGGGAUUCGUGGGGCUGUGCUCGUGAAUUCUGUCAUCCCGCCAGCCGCCGAAAUUGCCCUCGUCGGUCCUCAGUGGUUUCCAGAGUUCGGUCUCGGGGAGGAAAUUCUCCUGGCACGGGAAGCUCCAAACAGCUGCAGCUCCCCUGCAGCUUGAGGACUUCAUGCUGGAUGCCAUUGUGGACCCCGCAGGAUGCGGAGGGGCAGAGAGGGGAAGCAGCCUGACACCCCUCUCGAAGGGAUGUCAGGACCAAGGCCCGUUGUCGUGAGCGGACCCUCAGGGGCUGGGAAGAGCACCCUACUGAAGAGACUCCUGCAGGAACACGGCAGCAUCUUCGGCUUCAGCGUGUCCCACACCACAAGGGACCCGAGGCCAGGAGAGGAGAACGGCAAAGAUUACUACUUUGUGACCAGGGAGGUGAUGCAGCGGGACAUUGCCGCCGGAGACUUCAUCGAGCAUGCUGAGUUCUCAGGGAACUUGUAUGGGACCAGCAAAGCAGCUGUGCGGGCCGUGCAGGCCAUGAACCGCAUCUGCGUGCUGGAUGUGGACCUGCAGGGCGUGCGCAACAUCAAGAAGACCGACCUGCGGCCCAUCUACGUCUUUGUGCAGCCACCCUCACUGGAUAUUCUGGAGCAGCGGCUGCGCCAACGGAACACAGAGACAGAGGAGAGCCUGGCUAAGCGUCUGGCUGCUGCCCGGGCUGACAUGGAGAGCAGCAAGGAGCCCGGCCUGUUUGACCUGAUCAUCGUCAACGACAGUCUGGACAAGGCCUACUGGGCCCUGAAGGAGGCGCUCUCCGAGGAAAUAAAGAAGGCUCAAGCAACUGAUCACUCCUGAGGAGGUCCCCCGGCUAUAACUCCUCAGGUGGGGCCUAGGGCCUGGCACCCACCCGCAGCGGGCCAGGGUCUCCGUGGUGGCUCUGCUCACCUCAGCCAGCACGCAGGGUUUGGGGUGCUGCCUAUCUUCCCUCACUCCCCCACCGUGACUGGAGGACUUUUCUCUCACCCCCUCUCCCCAUGUCCAUUUCUAGGCUUCCUCCCCACCCUGCCCUAUCAACCCCCCUCCCAUGGAAGCUGGGCCAACAUCCAAAUAAAGAACUGCUGGGUUAGAGUGUC